UUCUAUAAUAAGCAGAGAAUUUAUUGCCUUUAUUGUUACUCAUCUCCUCUCCAAAUAUUCUUUCUUUCUUCUUAGAGCAGAUAGAUCUGCGCGUUGUUCGUUUCUGAGAAGAGCUUAUUAUAACCAUACCGCCACUCCGGCUCCCUGGCUAGUAUUCCAGAUUUAGACAUGGCUCCUCCUAUUGAGACCCCCAUUAAACUUCCUAUCUCUCGCCAUUCCUCACACCCACCUCUUAAUGAAAGGAUACUUUCAUCAAUGAAUAGGAGAUCUGUUGCUGCGCAUCCUUGGCAUGAUCUGGAGAUUGGACCUGAAGCUCCAAAGAUAUUCAACUGUGUGAUUGAAAUAGGGAAAGGGGGCAAGGUGAAAUAUGAACUUGACAAAAAAACUGGACUGAUCAAGGUUGACCGUGUGCUUUACUCUUCAGUUGUAUAUCCCCACAACUAUGGUUUCAUCCCCCGCACUCUUUGUGAGGAUAAUGAUCCCAUGGAUGUCUUGAUUAUCAUGCAGGAACCAGUUCUUCCAGGAUGCUUUCUUCGCGCUAAAGCUAUAGGACUGAUGCCAAUGAUUGAUCAGGGUGAGAAAGAUGACAAGAUAAUUGCGGUUUGUGCUGAUGAUCCUGAAUACCGCCACUACAAUGACAUCAAGGAACUACCACCACAUCGUUUAGCUGAGAUCCGUCGCUUCUUUGAAGAUUACAAGAAAAAUGAGAACAAGGAGGUUGCUGUUAAUGACUUUCUGCCGGCCUCUGAUGCCUAUGAGGCAAUCCAGCAUUCAAUGAAUCUUUAUGCGGACUACAUAGUGGAGAGCCUCAGGCGAUAGAUGUUCCAGCACACAAAAAUCACAGGCCGAUGCUUGAAGAUGUAUACGAUGACGACGAUUAUGUUAGGGUUGCAUGCUUCACAGUUGUAAUAAACAGCGAAGAAACAAGGAUAAGAAAUUCUGGCGUUGGCUUGACUUCAUAAUGGUGCCUUAUUUUUUUGUUGUUUUUUGUUUUUUCUUUUUCUUUUUUCGUUUGCCAUCAUUUGUUAAUUUGUAUGUAUUGAUUUCACUUAUUUUUGAAUUUAUGAUACUUUUUGUACGCGAGAAACGAUAGUAAUUAUUUUUUCAUAUGAUGAAAAAAAACAUAAUACUAUAAGCAAUUACUUGGUGUUCA